AAAUUUUUCAUUCAUGAAAAAUAAAUAAACAAAACACCAUUCAUUGAUUACAAAUAUAAAUACUAAAAAAAUCAGUUAUGGUUGUUCUUGGUGAAAAAGAUGAGCCCCCAAAAGAGGAAGAAGAGCCUUUCGGUCUGGGUUGCGCCCUAGAUUAUUUCUCCGAAUACGAAGAAGUCUUAAAAAUGAUCGAUAACCUCAAAGUCCUAAUCCAUUCGGAUUCGAAGAGCCUACAAGAAAGGGCAUACGAAAAGUUUUCUUUUAUUCUCGGCCAGUACAAGGAGCAGCCCCAUUUGCUCGACUCCCAUAUAGCUUCAAUUCUGGAAAAAUUCAUUGAAAUCGUAAGAAAUAAUGAAAAUUCUAUGGAGCUUAAACAUGUUACGUUUAGUUACAUGUUUGUCAUAGUCAAUGUGCGUGGGUACAAGGAUAUAAUCAAGCAUUUGCCUCACGAGGUCGCUGAUUUCGAGCCAGUUUUGAGCCUGCUUGAAAACCAAGACCCUAAUGAUUCAGAUACUUGGGCUACAAGAUACAUUUUGCUAUUGUGGCUAUCGAUAAUCAUAAUGAUACCUUUUCAUCUUUCACGAUUUGAUGGGUUCUACGAGAACGAAGAUUCGAAAAAGUCUAUGAUGGAUAGAGUGUUGGACGUGAUCAAAACUUAUGCGAUUGUUCCUGAUAAAUGUAGAGAUGCGGCUGCGGUUUUGUCUUAUAAGUUUAUCAAUCGUAACGACGUAAAAGAAAAACACCUGACAACCUUUUUCGAUUGGGCCUCAGAACAAAGCCUGGCACCAGAGUCAAACACUUUCGUAAAACACGGCACCUUGGCGUGCGUCGCAAUGAUAAUCAAACACGGUAAAAGAGAAGAUAUUUUGCCGCACGCCCCAAAACUACUUUCCUGGAUAACGAAUCCCGAAUUCAAAGUAGUUCAGAAACUCGUUUACAAAAUCAUCCAAAGAAUUGGUCUUACAUUUUUACCUCCCCGUAUCGCUGCUUGGCGCUACCAAAGAGGCAACCGAUCCCUUCUAGCCAACUUAAGUGCAGCAGGGGAUUUAUCUCAAUCAAAUUUGCCCAGCAAUAACUUGGCUGAACAACCCGAAGAGGAACUAGACGUUCCAGAAGAAGUUGAAGAAGUCAUCGAUCAACUAAUCCAAGGUUUAAGAUGCGUAGACAACGUGGUGCGAUGGUCAGCGGCAAAAGGAGUUGGUAGAGUCACUUCAAGACUUCCAAAAGAUUUAGCAGACGAAGUUGUAGGCUCGGUUUUGGAGCUAUUGGGACCUCGUGAAAAUGAUGCAGCUUGGCACGGUGGAUGUAUAGCUUUGGCUGAAUUAGGCAGGCGAGGUCUUCUUUUACCUGCAAGACUACCGCAAGUGGUUCCUCUUGUUUUAAAGGCUUUGGUUUACGACGAACCAAGAGGCUACGCUUCAGUGGGUUCUCACAUUCGAGAUGCUGCAUGUUACGUUUGUUGGGCAUUCGCCAGGGCGUAUGAACCAUCAGAUUUGGCUCCUUAUGUACAGGAUAUUGCCAGCACUUUACUUAUUGUUACUUGUUUUGAUAGAGAGAUAAAUUGUAGAAGAGCAGCAUCAGCAGCUUUUCAAGAAAAUGUUGGAAGGCAAGGCACUUUUCCUCACGGUAUUGAUAUUUUAACUACUGCGGAUUUUUUUGCUGUCAGUGUGCAAAAUAAUGCCUACUUAAACAUAAGCGUUUAUAUUGCUCAGUUUAAAGAGUACACAAUUCCUUUGAUUGAUCAUCUUUUGGCUAGGAAAGUUGAUCAUUGGGAUAGUUCCAUUAGGGAGCUUACUGCAAAGGCUUUACACAAUCUUACUCCACAGGCUCCUGAAUAUAUGAUAGACAAAAUCUUACCAAGUCUUUUGGAGAAAACCACAAGUAUUGACCUGAACAAUAGACACGGUGCAGUAAUAGCAAUCGGUCAAAUAAUUUAUGCACUCUCAAAAGACAAUUUGCCUUUGCCAGAAUCUAUUUUGCAGAGUAUCAAAGGUUUGAUACAGAAAUUCAAUGCCAGCCAAUAUUUUCGUGGAUUGGGAGGCGAAAUGAUGAAACAAGCCUGUUCAGAUUUUAUAGGGAAAUGUUCCCUAGCUAAACUACCUUUUCAUCAGGAUGCUGUUAUUGAUGAAUGGCUGGCACUCCUAAACGAUUGUUUAUCCUAUGAAGUAUCCAAUGUUCGUUUAGCCUCAAUAACUGCCUUACCAGUCUUACUAAACGAAUACUACAGUAUCCUAGACAAAGAACAAGUUAACAACGCACUUAUAAAAAUCUACGUCAGAGAAUUGUCGAUGGAAAUUAAACAAUCUACCAGGAUGGGGCAUGCUUUGGCUUUAGGGUCUUUGCCCAAAUAUAUUUUGCAAUCGAAUUUCCAGCUUGUUUUUGAUGCCCUUAUUGAUGCGGCGAAAAUAAAUGUGACUACUGCCAAAUGGGCUGAAGCUAGACGAGAUUGUGUUAGAGCUUUGACUUCGGUUAUUGUCACUAUGGCUGAAGAAAUUGGAAAAGGUUUUAAUGAAAAUCACAUUGCAAGUAUCUACAAAACCCUUUUCGAAGGAUUAACUGAUUACUCUCAGGAUAAAAGAGGAGAUAUUGGAGCUUGGGUCAGAGAAGCUUGUGUAACUGGUUUACAGGUUCUUACUCUAUUAUUAACUGAACAUCUCCCACAAAUUCUAACUCCAAACCUAAUGAAUCAGAUUUUAUCAAGCAUUGCACAGCAAGCAGUUGAAAAAAUUGAUAGAACUAGAGCACUUUCUGGAAAAGCAUUUUGCAGCUUAAUUUAUAAUGAAUCUCGGGUGCCCAAUAUUUUGCACCACGACGAAAUAGCUUUAAUAUUUCCCAAAGAAGAGUGGACCUCUCUAAAUUGGAACUCAGCAGGAGCUACUUUUCCAAAAUUCGUACAAUUAUUACAAUUUAACCCUUACACUUAUCCAGUUUUGGUUGGUUUAAUUUGUAGCAUUGGUGGUUUAACAGAGACUUUGAUCAAAAACUCAAGUUCUUCUUUAUUCAACUACCUAAAGCAAGAAGAAAAAUCUAAAGGAACAACCGAAAUACGUCGUAUAUGUGAAACAAUUCAUCAAAUUUUUUUAGACCAUCAAAAACAAGAUAGAAUAACCAUCCCUCUAUUCAGCUUCUUAGACAAACUAUUUGACUCAGGUUGCAUCAACUCAAUAAUCGAAGAUCCCGCUUAUGAUUGGACAAAAAGAAUCCUAAAACUAAUCCAAAUGGAAAUAUCCGGCUGCAAAAACAUCUACAAACUUAUCGAUGGCAUAAAUGCCUUGUGCCAAUUCGUACAAGUUUCUGGUAAUGUUUGUAAAACAGCUUUGGUGCAAUUGAGCAUUCUUCUUUGUCAUCGGCAAUCUUAUGUGAGACGUUCCACUGCGGUGAAAUUGUAUGAAUCGAUUUUGGUGUGCGGAGACAGUAGCAGUAUCCCUAUGGAAAAUUUGGAUGAAAUCAUGCAAAUUUUGAGCGACAUUAAUUGGGAAAGUCCCUUGGAGGAAAUACGUCCGAUUAGGAAUAAUUUGUGCGUUUUAAUGGGAGUUAAUAUUCCUGUUAGUGUCAAAAAGAAAUAAUAAUUAUAGGUUGAUGAUUUUGUAUUACAACCUUAUUAAUACUAAAACAAUAUUUUUAACAUAAAAUUAAUCUUUUUGUAAUAGCUAUUUAAUUCCCGCAUGAUAUAGAUUUGUUAAUAUUGUGAUACAAUUACAUAUUAUUUAAUAGAAGCCUUAUUUGUUUUGUAACUUUUAAUAAAAAAUUUGCCCAAUUAAUAUGAGUGAAAUUGAAUUACGAUUUUUUUUUCUGACGCUAAAGAUUCAGAAUAACAUUUUGAGUUUUUAUAAGAUUGAUUGAUUUUCGCAGUUGAUUGAAUUAAAACACAAAUAAAAUAAGAUAUGAAUUUACUCAAAGUAGUAUACAAGAUGCACACAAAGGUGACAGAAAUUAAACAAGUACUUUUUGGACACUUUAGCCUUAAUACGUAUUUACAAUAUCAUUUAAAUUGUACAAAAGUAUAUUACAAAAACAUACAAAAAUACUUUUUAGUCCGGAACAGGCUUUGGCUAGCUAGCAAAUAGGAAAAUGCAUAAAAUAAUACUAACAAAAUUUUGACACAUUCAACAAUAACAUCCUAUCACGACUUGAAAAUAAUGCUUUGCUAGCUACCCUCUCCCAUUUCCUCUGGUUAUGUGGGAAGUCUCGGAGGCCUGGCCCAAGUAUAGACGUAGCCGUCUUGGCACGCGGUUAUCAGACAGUCUGGUCGAAAAAUCAACGAAGUCAAACGUUCGUGAGCAAUUUUUUUACAAACUAAAGCUUCAAGCAUAGGACACUCGUCCAAUCUAGGACAUGAUGGCGUCCCGACCAAUUGAAGAGGAUCAGAACGUCUUUUUGCUCUGGCUCUAAAACAAUAAUUUAUUUCAAUCUAAAAAAUUACUAAAAAUACAAACAAACCUAGGAGGCACUAAAUUAUCUUCAGGCAAUUCCCACAAACAAAUUUGUGUAUCGUGCCCGACAGCCCCUAUUCUAUAACAAGACUCGCCCUCUAAAAACCAAUCAAACAUCACUGCCGCCACCCAAGAUCUGUGCCCUUGGGCUCUCGCAAUUACCCGUUUCAGUUCAUUGGAAUAAACAGUCACUAAAUCGUCUUCGCCCCCUACUGCGAUCAAUCGCCCGUCCCCUGACCAACUCACGCACAAAAGUCCACCGAAAUAACUACGGGCAGUACCUAAAAGUUCCAUACUGUCGUAUUGGAAUAUUCGCAGUAGACCGUCUUGGGUUACUAUUGCUAAUUGAGACCCGUUAGGGCUAAAUGCUAAUUGGUUAAUAGCGGCUCCUUCACCCAGGUACCAUCUGAAUAAAGGGUUGCGAGUCGAUUUUGUUUUGCAAGUGUUUACAGAGAAGUUUUCACCGGCUUUGAAGGGUUGGUAGUGCGGUGCUGUGCUGCAACAUGGCAACUCUUCAUUGUAGACAUA